AUGUCUACUGCAAGAACAAAUAUCCCGUUUUCCAGGGAAUCCUUGGAACAAACUUUGAAAAGAAGAUUUUUUUAUGCCCCAUCAUUUGAAAUUUAUGGUGGUGUUGCUGGUUUAUUCGAUUUUGGACCACCAGGUUGUGCUUUCCAAAAUAAUGUCAUUGAUGCCUGGAGAAAACACUUUAUUUUAGAAGAAGACAUGUUGGAAGUUGAAGCUACCAUGUUGACCCCACAUGAUGUUUUGAAAACUUCCGGUCAUGUUGAUAGAUUCACCGAUUGGAUGUGUAAAGAUUUGAAGUCAGGUGAAAUUUUCCGUGCUGACCAUUUGGUUGAAGAAGUCUUGGAAGCAAGAUUGAAAGGUGAUAAAUUAGCCAGAGGUGAAAAAAUCAGUGAAGAAGAAGAUGAAGACAAGAAAAAGAGAAAAAAGAAGGUUAAGGAAAUCAAGAAUGUUAAAUUGGAUGAUGAAGUUGUUAAGGAAUAUGAAAACGUCUUGGCACAAAUUGAUGGUUUCUCUGGUCCACAAUUGGGUGAAUUAAUUGUCAAAUACAAUAUCACCAACCCAACAACUGGUGGUAAAUUGGAACCACCAAUCGAAUUCAACUUGAUGUUUGAUACUGCUAUUGGUCCAUCUGGUAACUUGAAAGGUUAUUUGAGACCAGAAACUGCUCAAGGUCAAUUCUUGAACUUUAACAAAUUAUUGGAAUUCAACAAUGACAAGAUGCCAUUUGCUUCUGCCUCAAUUGGUAAAUCUUUCAGAAAUGAAAUUGCUCCAAGAGCUGGUUUAUUGAGAGUUCGUGAAUUCUUGAUGGCUGAAAUUGAGCAUUACGUUGACCCUGAAGAAAAAAGUCAUCCAAAAUUCAAUGAUGUCAAAGAUAUUAAAUUGAAAUUCUUGCCAAAGAAUGUUCAAGAAUCUGGUUCUACUGAAUUGAUUGAAGAAUCUAUUGGUAAAGCUGUUUCUUCUGGAAUGGUUGACAACGAAACUUUGGGUUACUUUAUUGCUAGAAUCUACCAAUUUUUGAUUAAAAUUGGUGUUGAUCCAUCCAGAUUGAGAUUCAGACAACAUAUGUCCAAUGAAAUGGCCCAUUAUGCCUCCGAUUGUUGGGAUGCUGAAUUGCAAACUUCAUACGGUUGGAUCGAAUGUGUCGGUUGUGCUGAUAGAUCCGCUUAUGAUUUAUCUGUUCAUUCCGCUAGAACUGGUGAAAAAUUAGUUGCUAGACAAGCAUUGGCUGAACCACGUACUGUUGAAAAUUUCGAAAUCGAAAUUGCCAAGAAGAAGUUUGGUCCAAAAUUCAGAAAAGAUGCCGGUACUGUUGAAAAAUGGUUAACUUCUAGAACACAAUGUGAAUUAGAAGAUUUGGGUAAAGAAUUGGAAGCUAACGGUAAAAUUGUUGUUCAAGUUAAAGGUGUUGAAGGUGAUAUUGAAUUGGAUACUGAUUUGAUCAAGAUUGAAAAAGUCAAAAGAACUGAACACGUUAGAGAAUUUGUUCCUAAUGUUAUUGAACCAUCUUUUGGUAUUGGUCGUAUCUUGUACUCCAUUUUCGAACAUCAAUUCUGGUGUAGACCAGAUGAUGCCGACAGAGGUGUUUUAUCUCUUCCACCGAUUGUUGCUCCAACUAAAGUCUUGUUGGUUCCAUUGUCUAACAACCCUGAAUUGCAACCAGUUGUUAAGAAAGUUUCUCAAGCUUUAAGAAAAGAAAAGAUUCCAUUCAAGAUUGAUGACUCUGGUGCUUCUAUUGGUAAGAGAUAUGCAAGAAAUGAUGAAUUGGGUACUCCAUUUGGUAUUACUAUUGAUUUUGACUCUGUUAAAGAUGAUUCUGUAACCUUGAGAGAAAGAGACUCCACAAAACAAGUCAGAGGUUCAAUUGAAGAAAUCGUUGAAGCCAUUAAGGACAUCACCUAUAACGAUGGUACCUGGGCAGAAGGUACUGCUAAACUUAAGCCAUUUGAAGGUCAAUCCGCUUAG